AACUAUACAUGACUAUGGUUAUAGUUGAACAGUAUAUAAAAUAUAUACUUAAACAUUAUAAUAAUUGCUUAAUAAGCUAAUGUGAUCGGAUUACGUGUGUCCUGGCAGCUAGCCUAAUUUUUGAUCAAGAUCGCUUAAAUUGAAUAGAUUAACUUCAUUUCUAUUACAAUUUAUACCUUUUUAUUGUCACAUUCGGAAUAGAACAAUACAAUUCGUUUAAGCCGUUUUUAAGUCAACUUUCCGAACAUUUUGGUUUAACCGAUUCAGGGAUAUUGCUAUAGGUGGAAAGCAGUUGGUAGUUUCAGGGGAAAAUAAAGGAAUUGUGUGAAGUUUUUUAUUUUAUUAUAGGGUAUUGUGGCAACUUAAAAUAACUUCCAGUUUUUGUAGAAACGAGGAUGUUUUUGGAGAUAUGAAACUUUUAUUGAAUUACAGGGAAUAUCAGUGGCUGUAAAUAAAGGAAAGUGUCACUUUGCAUUUCAUAGGUCUUGUAGACCACAUAUUUUGUAGGAGAAAUUGGAAAAAAAAAAAUAAGAACGUUAAAUUAUGUUGCCAAGCGACGUAAAAUUGCUUAUUGCAUUUGAUAUUGGAACUACACAGAGUGGUUAUGCAUAUUCUUUCACGAGCAAACCGGGCGAGAUUAACACGUGCAGUUUUAAAGGAAGACCACCAAACACGAAAACUCAAACAUCUUUAAUGGUAAACAAAGCGGGAAAACUUGUAUGCUAUGGCCAGGAAGCAGAAGAUAGAUUUUCUGAGAUGUGUGAAGCAGACGACAUGUCUUGUAGACUGUACCGCAAUUUCAAGAUGGCGAUACACCAUAACCCCACUUUGAAUAAAUCAACGAAAGUCCAAGACAUCUCCGGCCAGCAUAGCAUGCCUGUAUUCGACUUACUUGUCAUGGCAUUACAGUACCUGAAAAAUCACGUGAUGCGCGCGGUUAACCGGUUUUCUGACACGUACAACGAAGACGAUGCGUUCUUUGUGUUGCUUGUACCAGCAAUAUUUGAUGACAGGGCAAAAUGGCUAAUGAGAGAAGUAGCGUUAAAGUCAGGUAUACGUUCAGAGAGGUUCACGAUGGCUCUAGAGUCGGAAACAAGCUCGCUCUGGUGUUUACAUGAAAAUAUAAAUGGUAUCAAACCAAAAGGUACUAGAUUCAUCACAGUGGAUCUUGGUGGUGGUACAGCAGACAUAAUAGCCCAUGAAUCACAGGGUGACGGCAGUGUGGAAUCUUUGCAAUCCCCGUGUGGUGGGGACUGGGGCGCUGUGAAUGUCGACAACUGUUUUAAAUCUUACCUCUCCUUGCUGUUUGGUACACAAGCUGUUGAUGAUCUCAUAAAACAGAAUCUUCACGAGUGGUACAAACUUAUGAAGAGCUAUGAAUCCUACAAAGUCUCAAAAGCAGCAGACAUGAAACUUCACAUUCCGCUGAGUUUAAAGUCGUCUGCAGUGGAUAAUAAAGGUCUUCAUGGAACUGCAGAACUUGCUGAACUUAUCAAGUCACCAAAUUUUGGGGGUCAUUUCAACAUGGUCGGCGAAACUUUAGAGAUUGACGAUGAAGCAACGAAAGGAAUGUAUACGUACACGGUGAAUUGCAUUAUGGGGAAAAUUGAGCAGCUGGUACAAAGAGGCGUGGUUACUAACAAGAAUGUCGAUCACGUGAUCAUUUUAGGGGGUCUCGUAAAUAAUGACAUGAUAAAAAGUAUGCUUAAGGAAGCGCUGAACAGAUACAGUUUGGUAUUUCCCGACAAUGGUGAAAUGUUUGCAGCGAAAGGAGCAAUAUUGUACGGUCACAAGAAGUCCCUCGUCAGGUCACGGGUCAUCCCGUUAACGUAUGGUAUCAAAACAACAGUGCCAUACGAUGAGAAGAAACAUUGCGACUCGCAAGUAAAACUUAUCAAUGGUGUUAAAAUGUGUACGGAAAACUUUCACGUCCUGAUAAAGGCAGAAACAAAAGUAAACGUGGGUCAUGAGGUGAAAGAACUUGACAAACCUCUGGUUGCAGACGAUAAAGAACAAAAUUUCGAAAUAUUCUCCUGUGGGUCUGCAGACGACAUUCCAACGCUUACGUCACAUUUUACUGUGCACAAAGAAGCCUCGUUUUCAAUUCCACUUCCUUAUGGGUGUCUGGUGGAUGAUAAAGUUUUUGAGCGUUGCGUUAUUUUAGGAGAACCAGAAAUUGUGUUCAGGUUAAGUUUUAAGAAAGGGAAGAAAGAUAUAUUCAUAAAACAUAUGGAAUAUAUUUGAAAUAGGAACAAAAUUGUAUAAACAAAAUGGAAAUUAACUACAUCUGUAAAUUAUUUUCAUAUUAAAUUAUACUUAAUGGACGUCUAAAAUGAUAUCAAGUAUAUAUCAGUUUUAAGUAACUGUGCUAAUUAUUACCUCUUGUGAGCUGACUAUUCUACAUGCUAAAAUCAUAAAUGAAAGUCUACAUCAAAUUAUCAUUGCAUCCCGAUUCUUUCCGUUUCUACAGAUACCAUGAAACAAAAAAAAAACUUUCUCGGCCGUUAGGCCUUGAAGCUAAGCACCCUGUUUUCUUUACAGACGUAUACUUUUCUAAAGUACAUGUAGCUGAAGGCAUCCUCACCAAAAUUUACAACUUAGAAACAAAUUAAACUUCAUGCAUGAAUUAAAAUUACUUGAAUUAAAAUUUAUUUGUGAAAACAUAGCUGUUGUUGUGUUGUAGGUUUAUAUUUAUGUUGGCUUACUGGCUUUAAAUGGCAAAGAUAAGCUCUUGUU